UUGAUGCAGAACAUCACUAAGUGAAUAGUGUAUUAUCGAUUUUCCCACCAACAACACAGUGAAAACAAGUGUGAAAGAUUGUAAAAAUCCCUUCGUUGGGGUGUUUCGCUGGGUGAUCGUGUGCACAGUCGUCGACGAUCGUGAUCACGCAAGAUCGCGCUAUACAGAAAGGCUUCUUCCUGACGCGUCGAAAAAGGAAACAAGAUGGCAGCUCAAUAUGGUCGUAGCAGCAGCUCAGCGGCCGUGAUGAUGCUGCUCGUUUGGAUUACGCUUACAGGAGUGGCACAUUCUCAGAACCAACCGAGACUGAAAAUUUUGCCCGCAUCGUCCAUACAGCGGAAACCGGUUGGACACUCACUGCUGCUGACCUGUCGACCGGAAGUACCGGACACUAAUCUGAUCUCGGAUCUCAGAUGGAACGACAACCGCAACAUGACCAUCCUGCCGAAACCAGCGGGCCAGUCGUCGCCGAUGAUCUACACGGAAUCGAUAGCGGGCGGUACGGCGUUAGCGCUAAUCUUUAACUCGCUGCAGGAGUCGAUGGCCGGGACGUACUUCUGUGCCGCUUCGUACUCCGUCACGGAAAAGCUGAACGCGGCCGUCGUGGUGGAAACUUACGUUGCCAUCACCUGGAAGGAUGCACCCACGGACCAGCGUCCACUGAUGGGUACGGACUACAUCGUACGCUGCGAAGUAACCGCCAAUCCACCGGCAACUGUCGAUUGGCUUCGCAACGGUGAUCAGAUUAAGUCCAGCGGACGGUAUGUGAUCGAAAACCGGGGUUUGCUGAUCAAAAACAUUACCGAGGCGGAUGAUGGUGUUUACACGUGCCGGGCUGCCGUUAUGUCGACGGGUGAGCUAAAGAACCGUGAGAUAAGGGUCGAGGUGCAGAUCAUGCCGGAAGUGCGGGCCCUGCCACUGGUAAUGGAUGCCGUCGAGGGCCAAUCGUUUUCGGUGAUGUGUAAUGCAACCGGCAAACCGGUACCCGAAUUCCAGUGGGUUAAGACGGGAACCCAACAGAAUGCGGCCGACUUGGAUAGAUUUUCCGUCAACGCCAUCACUGGACAGCUCGAUAUCAGCACCGUGGCACAGCAGGACCAUGACAAGUACGCCUGUAUCGCGCGCAAUCCUGCCGGCCAUUCUGAGUCGGUGAUGCAGCUUAACGUGUUGAUUCGACCGAAAAUAAUCGAGUUUAUCAACAUUACCGUGUCGGAAAACGAAGACGCAAUCUUUGAGUGCCGAGCAUUCGGUCGACCUGCGCCAGAAAUCACGUUCCGUCGCUACGGUACGGUCGAAGAGUACACGCUAGGUUUGCAGGUUAACGACGAUCGCAUCAUCUUGGAGCAGACGUCCGACAAGGACAAGAGCGAAACGAUCGGCACGUUACGCAUUUCGAAGCUCGCCACCACCGACGAUGGGCUGUACGAAUGUAUUGCGCGAAACCGUGGCGAUGUGGCAUUCAAAGUUGGACACAUUACCGUCGAGUAUCGGCCAAUCUUCGACCACAUGAAGGCCCUGCCGCCAGUAUACACCUGGGAGGAGCGUACGGCUAACCUGAGCUGCUUUGCACAAGCCAUUCCCAACGCAACGAUCGAGUGGCGUUUCAAUGAUCGGCGCGUGCAGGAUCUGUACGAUCAAAACCUGCGCAUCGAAAACGAAGGUCUGCGCAGUGAUCUGUUGGUAACGCCGCGCGAUCGCCGCUACUACACCGCCUACAAGUGUGUCGCCCAUAACCGGCUGGGCAGUGCGGAGCAUCUGAUGGAGCUGCGCGAAGCCCGCAUACCGGAAUCGGUUCCGCAAUCGAAACCGCGCGUCGUCAGUGCGACCUCGAUCACGUUCGACAUUAUGGCACCUCCGGUCGAGCCAGGUUUGCCGCUGACGGCGUUUUCCGUGCAGUGGAAGGAACAGAUCCAGAACGAUUGGAACUUUGCGUUCAACCGUACCUGGUCACCGGACAGCCCGUACAUAGUGGAAGGGUUGCGACCACAGACGGCCUAUUCGUUCCGCUUUGCCGCACGGAACGUCGUCGGGCUUAGCCAGUGGGGUGCGUACGUGCAGCAGUCGACACCGCGUCGUUCGGAGCCGGAAACGCCACGCAUCCUGCACACACCGAUCCAGGAUGAGGAGGAAGACAGUGAUCCGAUCGUUACCUCACCGUACGCGGACCAUUUCGACAUGCGGUGGAGCAUACCGGUGGACAACGGUGAGCCGAUCGAUAUGUACCGCAUCAAGUACUGUCCGGGCACCAAGGUGAACGGCUACUGGACCGAGAUGGAGGAGCACUGCCUCGAGCAGGACAUAGCGCGCAUGACCAACUUCGAAAUGCGCAACCUGCAGGCCGAUACCUACUACCGGAUAGAGCUGACCGCGCACAAUGCGAUCGGCUUCUCGAAGCCGGCCCACGUACUGAUGAAGACGGCACGAGGUAUCGAUGUGGUACUGCGCGUUGACAGUCCAACACUGUCAUCGGCGGCUGUCAUCGGGAUCGUGAUCGGAUCGGUAGUGCUGCUGCUGAUCAUCGCCGAUCUGCUGUGCUGCGCGUUCGGCAACCUGGGCAUACUGGCCACGCUGUGUCGGAAAACGAAACGGUCUCCCUCGGAUCUGGACGAUGAAGCUAAACUUGGCAGGGAAGACGAAAAGCAACCCCUCAACACGCAGCCGGCCGCUGCUGCCGCCUCACCGCUGAAGGUAAACUCUUCGGUAGAGUUCGAUGGUCGCGUAGUACACUCGCGGAGUGGUGAAAUUAUUGGUAAAAAUUCUGCCGUGUAAAAGCGUUGCUGUUUCACUUCCGACCGGAAAGAGGAAACACUCGUUGUUUUUAGUUUUUUGUUUUGGUGCACCAUCGGACUGCGCUACGCUACGCGCGGACACCACGCAAGCAAAGCUGUGGACGACAAGCGACAAUUAUUGCUCUCGCAACCGGUGCAUAGCUAUUGCUAUGCUCACGAUCGCGGGCAUGAAUAUAUGUAUAUGGUAGAUGGACAGCAAACAAAAGCAUAACAACAUACACAGAACGACAAACAAAAAAACCAUCCGUGCCACACACGAUUAGGCGGUCAGUUUUGUGGAGAGCAAACGGAUGUGGAACUGUGCUGCGCAUGUAGGAAAGUAUAAAGGACACUCACAGUAACGAACACGGAAGCGGUACCAACAUUCGACAUUCUAAUACCAUUACACACACUCAGCUAGGGUUAGGUUCCGCUUCCUUCAACCCUCUUUUUUGUUUGUUUUUUGUUCCUCCGAUUACCUUAAGGUGUAGUGCGAGAAUGUAAACAAAUCACAAAGCUCCAUUUAAGCGAGGUAAAGCGAAAAGGAAAGUUAAAAAUUCAAACGCAAACGAAGCAAAGUUUGUUGCGUAAUGAGCAUACAAACCGUGCAAAUGCUCGCCUUCCGUACACCGCGAAAGUAUUUCAACCAGAAGACGAUGAUUUUUGAGUGUGUAAAGAUGAUGCAGCUAUUGCAAACUCCUGAAAGCUACUAGCGUAUAUUAGCGUGUGUAUUCAUUCACCGCGUCCCCAAGCGGACGAACAUAUAACAAGAAAACCGCAUUCAGCAUGAAGUUGGGGGUUUAGUGUGGUGGUUUGCGCGAUUGUGUCGCGCAAAGCCGCUUCUUCCUCCAACCACUGUAUAACCGUGUCACUCAUAUUGUGUGCAAAAUAGGCGAGAAGAGAUCGUGUGCGUGUUUUUAUUAUUUGGAUUUCGCACUUUAAUUUGUACAAUGUUCCAAUUUCGGUUCCGUAUGUUCUCGCUGUACCCGUUUCGUGAUGUGAUAUGUAAUGAGUGGUAAGAUGAGAAGCUAUCUAAACAAGAGAAACGAGCUUUUUUACGCGAUGUAGUUGUAGUGCGAAAUUAGCAAACAACAAAUGAAACUAAACAAAGGAACAAACACACACAUACGAGCGGCACGUACAUAAAACUUACUCUCAAUGUUGUUUGCGCGUUCGUUCGUUUUUUUCGUUAAGCGAAGAAGAAAAACAUUUCAGUUAUUAGUCUGAUCAAUGGUGCCUAUCGGAAUGCUCACGAAACCUUCUUUAGUUGUUGUAGGGACCUUUCGUUUUCUUGACGAAGGAUUCUGCUAGACAUCCGGGUCUUUCUGAGUUGCAGCAUCGCUUUUGCGCGCGCGGAGUUUAUGGUAAUGUGCUUAACUGUCCGGCUCGACGCCACACUGAUACCAAAACCGUACUUAGCUACUAAUUUCGUGUAAUUCAAUACAAUACAAUGGCUGAACGCUUGUUUGUGCAUCGAGCAGCCGGGCCAGCAGCUAAUGUGAAUGUGAACAAAUCAAAGAUAGGUUUAAAGUUGUAAUGGCGCGAACCAAGAGCA